AAUUGUUAUUAGGAGGGCCCUACUAAAACCCCGCCACCCAGAAAAAUAAAAGGCAGGAAACCCUCUUUGUUUUAUUUCGUAGUUGGUAUCGAUCAAAGCUGUUCGCCUAUUCCUUUCGCUGCCCCUCCCCUGCAAAUAGGCUCGAAGAACAGGGGACAGAGAACAGAGUGAAGAUGGCGGUACCUGGUAGGGGUAACGGCCUGAUGGAUGAGGACGACGUCGCGGAAAACAAUGCUUUCUUCGAGGAAGAAGGCUUAAUCGAAGCUGAAUCCGACGCCCCUCCUCACCUGCGUGCCCUCGCCGACGCCGCCCAGCUUGGCAACGUCGACGCCUUCCGCCUCGCCCUAGAUUCUUUGAAUGACAUUGAUGAACCAGUAGAAGAUGGAGAUACUGCUCUCCAUCUGGCCUGUCUAUAUGGAAAGCUGCCUUGUGUCCAGCUACUGUUGGAGAGAGGAGCUUGUUUGGAGGCUAAGGAUGAAGAUGGGGCCAUUCCUUUGCACGAUGCAUGUGCAGGGGGAUAUAUUGAUAUUGUCCGACUUCUACUCAGCAGUGCUAACACUACUGAAAGUAUUAAGAGAAUGCUAGAAACAGGUGAUGUAGAAGGUGAUACGCCACUUCAUCAUGCAGCAAGAGGUGAACAUGCAGAUGUUAUAAGGUUGUUGCUGGCUUCUGGCGCCUCUCCUUCAAUGAGAAAUAACUAUGGACAGACCCCUAGUGAGCUCUCUGAUGCAGAGACCGAAGCUAGGAGAAUUUUGGAAGCUGCUUCCAGUGUUGUGAUGAGCAAUUAAGUUUUGACAUCUCCUGAAACAUUGUGUUUUGUUUUGGUUGUGGUCACUGUUUUUCUUAGCUUAUUUACUAUUGAAGAGUAGCAUAAAAACUUUUAAGAUGCUGAUUUAUAUGUUUCUUUGAUGGUACCCUUGGUAGAACAAUGAGGGAAAGAGAGCAGAGUUCUUGAAAGUUUUGUGAUUAGGCUUGAAAGUCGAUGCAUAUCUCAUGCCUAAUUAUAUUAAGACAGAUUUUUGUGUUUGUGCA